GUGAAAUAGUCCAUAGUAUUAUCUUGUCUGUUGCGUAAAUUUAAUGAUUCUUACCUUACCUGCAUAUGUCUGUUUCUUACAGCCGCUUCAAAGGCCAAAAAUUCCUCAAGGUCCUACCAGAGCCAUGGGGUUGUUGUGCAUACCCACAUCAUCAUCAUCGUCCUCCUCGUCCAGUGCUGUUCCAACGUUGUUCCUCAUUUGUUGUGCAUUCUUUGUUUCUCAAGCUUUUGGGGCGAGAACUCCGCAUCCCGAGACGUUUCUUCCCUUCAUUUGGCCUCUGCCUGAAAAAUUCAGCUAUGGCAAUGAGACUCUUUCUGUUGAUCCUGCUCUCUCGCUCUCUGGCAAUGGUGCUGCCUUUAACAUUGUUCGAGAGGCUUUUGAAAGAUACAAAGGGAUCCUGUUCAAGCAUGGUGACAGGUUCAGUUUUAUCAGAACACUGAGGUCUGCCUAUGAUGUUAACAAAUUGAGUAUCAUUGUUCAUUCCAACAGUGAGGAGCUUCCACUUGGAGUGGAUGAAAGCUACAAUUUGUUCGUUUCAGGAGCCCAGCCGCUUUCUGGUGCUGGAGGGGUCACAAUCGAGGCAAAUACUGUUUUUGGUGCAUUGCGCGGAUUAGAGACAUUCAGCCAGUUGUGUUCUUUUGAUUAUACAACUAAAAGACUGCAAAUAAGCAAGGUACCUUGGUCCAUCCGAGAUAAGCCUAGAUUUCAAUAUCGUGGGCUUCUGUUGGAUACAUCAAGACAUUAUUUACCAGUUAACGUAAUUAAGCAGAUAAUUGAAGCUAUGUCCUACGCUAAACUUAAUGUUCUACAUUGGCACAUCAUAGACGAACAAUCAUUUCCCCUUGAAGUGCCUUCUUAUCCAAAUUUGUGGAAAGGUUCAUACUCAGAGUGGGAACGUUAUACAAUAGAGGAUGCACAUGAUAUAGUCAACUUUUCCAAAAUGAGAGGCAUAAAUGUGAUGGCGGAAGUGGAUGUCCCUGGUCAUGCAGCAUCAUGGGGUGUUGGAUAUCCUGAUCUUUGGCCAUCACCCUCCUGUAAGCAGCCACUAGAUGUUUCGAAGAAGUUUACUUUCGAUGUCCUGUCUGGUAUUCUAACAGAUAUGAGAAAAAUAUUCCCAUUUGAACUAUUUCACUUGGGUGGUGAUGAAGUGAAUACAGAUUGCUGGACUAAUACUUCUGCAGUGAAUGAAUGGCUAAAGAACAAGAACGUGACUGCUGAAGAGGCCUAUGAGUAUUUUGUACUAAAGGCUCAAAACAUAGCACUUACAAAAAAUUGGAGUCCGGUAAACUGGGAAGAAACCUUCAAUACUUUUCCAUCUAAGCUCCAUCCACGGACUGUAGUGCAUAACUGGUUGGGUCCUGGGGUUUGUCCAAAGGCUGUUGCAAAAGGUUUCAGGUGUAUUUUCAGUAACCAAGGUGUAUGGUAUCUCGACCAUCUAAAUGUACCUUGGGAAGUUGUCUAUGAUGCUGAUCCACUCGAAGGAAUUCAGAAAGCUUCAGAGAAAAAACUAGUGAUUGGAGGAGAAGUCUGUAUGUGGGGCGAGACAGCUGAUACAUCAGACGUUCAGCAAACAAUAUGGCCUCGAGCAGCAGCAGCAGCAGAACGAUUAUGGAGUCCUAGAGAAUUUACUUCAGGAAAACAUGCUAGAGUAACAGCACUGAAAAGGUUGCAAUACUUCAGAUGUCUCUUGAAUAGACGUGGGGUUGCAGCUGCUCCUGUCACAAAUUAUUAUGCCAGAACUCCUCCUGAUGGUCCAGGCUCAUGCUUGGUGCAGUAAAGUUAUUCAUCUGUGCAUGUCUAGACUAUUGUGAAUGUAAACUCAUGUUUAUCUAGCUAGGGGUUAGUGAAUGAUAGAUAUUUGUGGUUCAUUGACAGCAUUCAUAGUGUAACUUAUUGUCGAAUUCAAUAAACAAUAUUUGUUCACCUGUU